GUUGUCUACUAUAUGUUCAAGUGAAUGUGUUAGAAUCGUCACAAGAACAUCUAUGACCUCACAGUUUAAAUUCUGAAAGAGAGUUGGAACAUAUACCUGAGAAAUAGCAUGGUUAGCAGCACCACAACUUUUGAACAAACCUGGAGCUAUUAAGAAAUGUAUGAGAACCAACUCUUUGUAAUAGUAACAAGCGUUUUAAGGAUGUAAAACUGAAGAAACAAGCCACAAAAGAACAGGUCAUUCUUGAAUCAUGGACUACUGAUACCUUCAAGCAAAACCAAUGUAGAAUAACCUAAUAAGCUCUUCUGUGCUCCAAUUAGCAAACCCUGAGAAAUGCAACCAAAUGCAAACCUUUCUUUAAGGUCUGAAAAUGGAAACAGACGUAAUUCCAGAAAUGGUAGUAGAAGCCAUACAAGUAGCUGGCAAUGUAGAUCAGGUUCCAGAGGUAGCUUUGGAAGAAGCAAAAGCUGAGGCAGAAGAUCAUUCUGGACAGACCCAAACCUAUCUCCUUUACAUUGGAAACUUAAACCCCAAGUAUUCCAGUGAAGAUCUUUGCAGCAUGUUGAAGGACAUCCUCAGCAUGGCAAGUGUCACCCUCCAAAGAUACGAUAUUGAAGUGAUCAAGAAACGUAAGCAGGCCUAUGCUUUUGUUCAGGUGGCCACAGAAAUCAGCCUGGAGCAGGUUCUCAAACAACUGCUGCUUGCUUCAGAGGCAGAACACAGCCACUCCAAAGAGCUUGUGCAGAAGGGGAAAAAUCUUGUUGUGGGACAAGGCAAAAAGGCUGCAUCUGCUACCAAAAAUAGCAAAGAGAGUGAUUCCAUGGGAAGCAGAUCAGAUGUUCUUCUAGGAGGACCAUCAGGACUUGAGAGAAGGAAGCAACUGCCCAAUGACAACAGAACUAAUCCCAUCAGAAAAAGCGUUCGUUACCCUUGGAGGCUGGUCGACUGGCCAGUGACAUUUCUGAACAGCACCCGCUCAGACAGUGCCAUUGUUCAUAAGGAGAUUGUUGGUAGAGAAUGCCUAUUCUAUGGAGCUUUCAUAGGGGAAGAGACACGGAAUGUGGAAUUCAAACAAGGAAGUGGUGAAUACCUGACAACAACAUUAAAGCAUCAUUUGCGGAAGUACAUGUGUGCCUUUCUCAACAGUGAAGGGGGCAGUCUUUUUGUGGGGGUUGAGGACAAUGGUUUGGUCCGCGGCGUCAAAUGCGACCACAAAGAAGAAGACAGAAUUCGCCUGCUCACAGAUUCUCUUUUAAAAACCUUCAAGCCACAGGUUUUCCCAACAGCCUACACAUUGAGUUUCAUCCCAGUUAUCAAAGCAGAAGGCACGGGCAUCUUUCUGAAAGUCAUCCGGCUGAGCGUUCAUCCUCCCAAGCCACACGCAGAACCUCUCCUUUACGAAACAGAUCAGGGGGAGGUGUACCUGAGGCGAGAUGGCAGCAUACAAGGACCCCUCCCUGGAAGCGCUAUCCAAGAGUGGUGCCGGCAGAAAUGGACACAGGAAAUCAAGAAGCUGGAAGUGAAAAUAGACGACUUGUUGAAGGAGAAAGAAAAUCUACAACAGCAGGUACAUUCACAGAAUAACACGAAAUGCUGCAUCAUCUUGUAACAUUAAGCCAUGUCACCCAUCAUCAGCUGGAAGACAGCUACAUACCUGAGUAAAGAAAACGUGGCCCAGUUAAAAGUUUGGAUCUACCUAUGGUCAUCUUGUACCAAGAGUAUGGUGGCUAUUAUUAGGCUCUGCUUAGCCCCUUUCCAAUACCUGUAGAGUAUCCUAUUGCAACCAAUAUUGGAGAAAGCAAUUUUUUCCUCUUCUUUGUAUGUGUGUGUUAUCCGGUUGAUGAAAGUGAUGGAAAUCCCACUCCUUUUGUACAUGCACUGUUGUGCAUCAAUAUAUUUCAUGCUAUGGGUAUUUAAAGGGGAAAAACCACAUUGUUUGCAACUACAUUAACAGGUCAAUUUCCCCAUCAUCCCUCUUCUCUAACCUGCCCCGUCCUCUGCCUAUUUUCACUCUGUGGAUAUUACUGCCGUGGAUCAUUCUCUCCUUAGAAACAAAAACAGGGAGUUACUGCUGGGAUUUUAGGGAUGUUCAAGCAGGUUAAAAGUCUAAACUUGGCUUAUGACUAAUAUUCUUUAACAGUUAUCCACCAGCAUUUAUAUGGGUGGAUGUUUAAGAUUAUAAAAUAAUAGCAACCUCUUUUCCAUAUGUUAAUGAACAGCAGACAAGUUAAUUCCUUGAGUAAACAUUAGGCAAUGGUCCUGGGAAGUUUUCAGUUGGUCCUUAGUGUGAUUUGGGGACAGUGGAGUUGGGAUGGUGCUGUUUCUCCUAUCAUUUUCUAGUAUUCCAGGUAUCUCAGCAAUAAUCAAGAGGGAGGGAGGGAGGAAAAUGUAAUUUCAAAAGAAAUUCCACUUUUUAACUCAGAGAAAUGGGGAGUACAUGGGGAAAAAAAGAGUUUUCAAGUUAUAUAAACAGACAGAACAGACCAAUUGUUUUCCCAAUGUUUUAAUGAACUGAAAAGGAUCUGUACAUCCAAUAUGUUUGCAGUAACAGUUUCACCUAUCUUGCUGGAAACGCAGUUUAUGUAAUCUGCACUGGGAAAAGAUCAUAAACCAUGUUUUUCUGCAGUCUCCACAUCUGUAAGCUCAUCCUUUCUCUCUUCUAAAACUGCAUCUGUAUGUCGUUGGACACAUCCUUCCCCUUGUACAAACCGGUGCCUGGGACAGCCCAUAUGCCAACAUGAGCUCUUUGUUCCAGAUAGGGUGGUCUUUCUUCGAAAAAUAAGACCCUCAGUGCUUCUUUCCAGUCCAAGGCAACGCUCUCAAUGAGGUGCAAAAGGCUACUUCUGAAAAGCCACUUUCUCACACAUGCGUCCCCCUUGAUGCAAGGAAUUGGAUCAGUUCAGGAAGCUGAACUAAAUAAAGCCAUGCCCUCUCCAAUGAAUGUGUAAAAUGGUAGGGGGGGAGGGGGGGAAUUGACACACUCACAUUUUUGAAACACCUUUGAAUGUGGCCAGACUUGCUUAGCAUCAGAGUACACUGUAUCUCGUGAACAGGAAAAUUAUACUCUUGAGAAAAGUUAAGCAAUGUUAGGUGUAGCACCAGUUUAUUUUAGAAUACUUUAGAAGAUUAUAAUUGCCUGCUUUGUACAACUUUCCACUGAGAUGCUAACCAUAUAAUGUAGACCUCCGACAAUGGAGAUGAACCAAAAUCCUGAACAAAGACUCUGCACAGCAUCUUCUGUGAGCAUUUAAAAUGGCCUGUUAAACCUCCUUACAUAUCCAAAAUGUCUCUUCCCUCCCUCAGCUUCUGUACUUCAGGUUUGUAAGCUCACAGUUGAGCACAAGUAGGCAUCAAUGCCAGUUUCUUGGAAUAAUUUCUUUAAAAAAA